AUGGCCACUCGGACAUCGUCCCGGCUGCUGGAUCUCAUUACCGUUUUUGACAAUGUGCCGCUGGACUUUGAGCAAAACUGCCAUCCUUACUAUCGUUUGAUCCUGGCCCCAGAUGAGCGUGUCCAUGGCUACAUCCACCCCAACACCAUAGCCCGCAUGCCAUGGCCAGCAACCUUCACCAUCGAUCAUGAGAAGCGCCAGGUAGUCCUCUCUGCUCCGCCUGCCGGCACAUCACUGUCCGUACACGCCAAUUCAGCAUUCCAGGAAGCCGUCGAUGCAGCCAUUGACGGCAAAAUAUUCCCUACUCUCAACGGCAUGCACAGCGAGUACUUUCUCGUUCCCGGAGCAAGGGAAUUCGUCCAGAUUGAACGUUUCGCCGCCACAUUGUUCGGCAUCGGGACUCGCGGCGCACACCUAACGGCGUAUACAAAAACGGCAGACGGAGAGCUUCGCAUCUGGGUCGCGCGGAGGAGCAAGACACUGUACACAUAUCCAGGCAUGCUGGACAGCACAGUCGCCGGCGGCGUCAAGGCGAGCGACUCUCCACUAGACUGCAUCCUCGCAGAGUCAAUGGAGGAAGCCUCAUUGCCGGUGUCUCUCGUCGGGCCUCGAGUCCGCACCACCGGGGUGAUCACCAUGGUGAACCGCAAUCCUCGCUCCGAGCUGGUCCACUCCGAGAUCCUCUACACGUACGAUCUGGAACUUUCCGGCGAUGGCGAGGAGGUGCCUCGCCUGGGAGACGACGGCGAAGUGGAGGAGUUUGUGCUGAUGAGCUGCGAAGAGGUUGAGCGGCGGAUGCUGGCGGGCGAGUUCAAGACGAAUGUGUGCGCCGUCAUGAUUGACUUUUUGAUUCGGCAUGGCAAGAUUACGCCCGAGGGGGAGCCGGACUAUGUCGACAUUUGCGCGAGGCUGCAUAGGAAGCUGCCGGUGCCGACCAGGUCGGAUGUAUGA